AUGUGGGGUGGGAGUCCUCCUUCGGUGGCAGGUGCCGAGUUUUUUGGGCACUUGGAAGCUGCUCCCAUAAAAGGGGGUGUUUUCAAGGCGGGGCCCAUCGCAGCGGAGGAGUAUCAGAGAGACGUGGUGAAUAAUGUUUCGUGCAUGAUCGCUGUCGUCGUAGCCUUGGCGGUUUUCCAGUUCACUCCCAAGCACAAGCUUAGCGAUUUCGCCGCCAGAAAAUUGACUCACGUCUCAAUGGGCACCCUUCUCCUCCUGCUCAAACAAGAAGGCAAGCUUCGCCAUCUUUAUGUCAAGCUUUUCAUUCUCCUAGUUGCCACCCUGUCCAUCCUCUCGUCUUUAUUCAAACCUUUCAGAUUUGCAAAGCAAAACGACCGGGGCGUGAUCCUGUUCAACGUCCUCGUAGGCCUCUGGACGCUCUUCGAUCUUCCUCUAGCAACCCUGGCGCCGAUGUUCUACGCGGACCCGAGUGGCGCCGUAGUGGGAAGGCUUGUGGAGUCCCGCAAGUGGAUCGGAGAGAAAACAGUCGCUGGCAGCGCCGCAGUCUUCGUCGUGACAUUUCUGUCUGCAUACACCGUCACGUGCCUAUGGCAUCGCCUUGUGCUCGCGGCACUCUGCACUAUUUUGGAGGCUACUGGAGGAGACUGUGACAAUCUGUUGAUGAGCCUCCCCGUCAUCGCUUACUUUUUCGUCUUUCAAAAGGACUCCGAGGUCUCUGAUAAUGAUAUCUUUGGGGGCAUCAGCAUUCGAGGAGGGCUGUCGUUCUCAUAA